CCGAGCGCAGUCUUCCUAGAUCGAGCAUCAUUAUAAACAUCGUCUUUUAUUUAUAAUUUAGAUUUUAGUUAUAGUUACAAGUGAUAACGUCUGAGAUAAGAAGAAUGUGCAGUAAAAGUGUCUACUUCUUAUUUUUAUAAUAUUGUAGCUACAGUUUGUAUUCUUUUAGUUUGUAGUAAAAUACGUUGUUAGUAUUUCUUGUUUUCUGUUAUACGCUUAAUUUUACCAUUACCAAUGAUUUUACUAUUUAUAUAGAAUUCACAACACUUACUUCAGCGUACGUAAAAUACAUGUAUCCUUUUUAAAAUCUGUAAAGAUAUAUCCUAAUUUUGAAAGGUCAAUAGUAAAGACCAUUUAAUGUUUUUAUGUGAAAUAGAAAUGUCUUUUACAGAACAAUGCGAGUGAGCAUCAUCAUCAUUCUGGCUUUUGCCACUGGAGUUAUUGUAGCAACGACUAGAAAUCAUAACUUCUCUAAUUUCGUAAAACAUCAUGCAAGACCGCGAGUAAUUCGCGGCUUCAUACCCGAACAUAUGUCUACAGCAUACGGUUUCGGAAAAAGGCAAAGUUCCAUGGACGCUUCGAAAGUGGAUAAAAAUGAACGAAUCCUAUCAACGCUUUUGCGCUAUUUUCCACAAGGAAUCUCCACGGAAUGGUUACUUCAACAAAUGAAAACUAAUCCUGCUUUUGCUUCGAAAUUGAUACAAUUAUUACUCGAUGGACGCCCUGAUUUCGUGCCGAUGUCGGAACAUUUUAAUCCAGAAAGAAUAACUUGGCUAUAUUAGAUCAUUCAUUGUAUGUAUGAUCAAAUAAUGUACACGAAUUCUAGCUAUACCUUCUAGUUUAAUAAAUUUAUGUUAAUCAACAAG